CACACUCUUUCUCAACCCUCACUCAACCACCAAAUAUCAACACCAUAUACAACGAUGCCUAGAGCCACCGCUCUCCUCCUUAUCAUAACCCUCAUCCUCUUCUCUUUUACCUUCUCCUCCACCUCUGCUCGACCAGAACCUGCAAUCGGCGCCACAACCACAACAAGAAACAAGGGUGUAGAGGUUGAAGAAGGUUGUGAAGGAGUCGGUGAAGAAGAGUGCUUGAUGAGAAGGACUCUUGUUGCUCACCUCGACUAUAUUUACACCCAAAAGAAGAACCCAUGAAAAAUUAGAAGAAUUAAAACUCCAUUUUCAUUCCGUUAUAUUCAUAUACACUGUGUGCGUAUAUAUGUUUAUGUACAUAUAUUUAAAGGGUUAUGAUAUAAGUUUUUCUUGUUCCAUUUCGAAAGCAUAUAGCUCUUGUUUUGAAAAAGAGCUUGGUGUGCUUAUAUAUACUACUAGCUAUCAAUAACAAGUGUCUUUUAAUUGUGAA